AUGGCAGCCGGCGAGCCUCUACUAAAUGAAUGUUCACCACACGCGCAACAGCGAAAUCUGCUGAAGGACUACUUCGAUGAGAAGGAGCUCAAGUUCCGUCACGUCUCGGCCGAACAGUUCGCCGAUGUGUGGCUUCGCUACGACAGAGACGGAAACGGAUUUAUUGAAGGCGAUGAAAUGCAUCUAUUCUUCUCAGAGCUCCUCGAUGCAAUUGUUCCCGAGGACUUAAAACAGCAUAUGCUUAAUGAAGAAAUUGACCAGUUGAUAGCUGAACUGCGUGAAAGCCUCGACAAAAACGAUGAUGAUCGGAUUGAUAUCUCGGAGCUGGCCCAACUCUUGCCGACAGAGGAGGAGUUCAUUUUCCUCUUUUUUCGUGAACAGUUCGUCCAAUCAAGUGACUUCCUCAAGGAGCUGUUCAAGCACUCACCGAAGGGCAACUUGAUUUCAGAAGACAAGCUCAUCGAAUACACUGAUAAUAUUGACUACGACGACGAGGAUUUGCGUUGUAUCAAGGAUGCCAUCUUAACGGACUGGGAUGCCGAUAAGGAUGGGAAAAUCUACAUAGACGAGUUGAAGAUGAUGCUCCGUGUGCAACGCCAAAUGUCCGAGAAAUGA